GCAUCAUCCACUGCCUGCAAUGGCGUUGUAGCGGCUCUAGUAUUUCCAAAUGUUUCAAUAGUGGCGAUUCUGUCCUGGACUAUUCACCGGCGUGGGAUAGAAAUGUUAUUUUCGGAUGGAUUUCCAGCGAAUGCAUUCAUAUUUUCUCUGAGUUCACCCCUGUAGGAAUACAGUUUAUUUAUGCCACUCGUCAAACGAAGCCGAAGCCAUGAAUGUGUGAAUGGACUGGAAGGAACUAUAACAUCAGCUGGAUCAGAUUAGUCAGUGCUGCAGUAGGUCAAACUAGACACUAUAAUCCCACGUUGUAAUGAGGCCACGGAGAUGCUGACAUUCCCGCUGAAUCCAAAGACACCAUCAUGCUGAAGACGGAGGCCACGGGGGAGAGGACCACCCUCCGGAGUGCCUCCCCCCACCGUAAUGCCUACCGGGCUGAGUUUCAGGCACUCAAGAGGGCCUUUGACCAGCCUCGGAUUGAUGGCGACUCCAAGCCCAAAGAUGCGGAACGGGUGAAACAGCCAAGGGGACGCCAGUAUGGCGCCCAUGUCAGCCGCAUCAAGGACAUGUUCAUGCAGAUGGGCACGGAAAAUACAGCCUCUAAAGCCAGGGGUCGGGAGGAUCCCUCGCCGCAAAAGAUGACCAAGCCCACCAACUUCAUCAAGGCAGAUGGAUCAGUGAUCAAGCUCCAGCAUUCCUCGUCAGCUGAGAGGAUUGGAGGUGCUGGAGCAAAGUUCUCUGAAACCAGGAAGCUGUUUGAACAGCAGUCACGUGACCAGUCCCAAUCACCAGUCUAUUCCUACGGACGUGACAAAAGGGGUUCUCAUGAGCACCUAGAUGACUGGCGAGGUGCAAGGUCCAAUCGGGGAAGUACAGACUCCUUGGACUCACUUUGCUCCAGAACAGAAGCAUCCUCGCCAACUGUUAGUCAGCUCAGUGCUGUUUUUGAAAAUGCAGACCACAACAACCAAGGAGUGCCCUGCAGAGGAGUCAGCAGACGGGCCUUAUACUCACCCGAUGGUUUCCACCGCCAUGGAGGUGAUCUCAGUGAGGAUGACUCUCGCCAUUCUCCGGUUCGGGGAACCUACCGGAACCGGGUAGGGGGCAAGUUCCCUGUGUCCUCAUCCUCUGAGGACCUCCUGAGCCCCAGUCCUCUGGCAGAGACUGCGGAGCUCAAACAGGUUCCACAAGAAGAGGAACCACGAGACAAAGCAGACAAGACUGAUGAGCCUGUGGAGGGCAACAGACAGCGCUUGGCAGGGGUGACCACCAACGGAGGUCAUGUCAAUGGCUCCUGUGAAGAGGAGGAGAAACCCUCAGAAAGAAAAUGCUCCAGUGACGAUCUCGGGGUUUCCAAAGCUUCAAAACCUACAGAUGAUGCUGUGAUUUCCUGUGAGGACACCACCCCUGAGCGGCUACCGACCCCAGCCACGCCAGCUGUGGAAAGCCAGGAGGAGGUGGAUGCUCCUGGGGAAGAAAAGCUCUCUGAGUCUCCCAAGGACCAGGGAGAAGAACAUGAUGAGGAAUACACUGGGAAUGAGCGGGUGAUUUUUAAUGCAGAUGGGGACGCCUGCUACCAGGGUUGGGGAGAAAGCUGUACAGAUCCCGAGGACGAUCUCUACGGAGACGAUGAGGAUAUUGUCUACGACCCUGGCUCAGAUCUCACAGAGAUUCCUGGUCUUCCAGAAGAAAACAAAGAGGACAUCCCUUCAAACAGGAAGAUUCGCUUCAGCACUGCACCCAUGACAGUUUUCAACACCUACUCCAAUGAGGACUACGACCGCCGCAAUGAGGAGGUGGAUCCUGUGGCCUCCUCAGCAGAGUACGAGCUGGAGAAGAGGGUGGAAAAGCUGGAGCUCUUCCCCGUGGAGCUGGAGAAAGAUGAGGACGGCCUGGGCAUCAGCAUCAUAGGGAUGGGGGUGGGGGCUGACGCGGGGCUGGAGAAACUGGGGAUCUUCGUCAAGACCGUCAUCGAGGGUGGAGCCGCCGAGAGGGACGGCAGGAUCAAGGUGAACGACCAGAUCGUGGAGGUGGACGGGACGAGCUUGGUGGGCGUCACCCAGAGCUUCGCUGCCUCUGUGCUCAGGAACACGUCGGGAGUCGUGCGGUUUGUGAUUGGCCGAGAGCGUCCGGGCCAGCAGAGCGAGGUGGCCACGCUCAUCCAGCAGACACUGGAGCAAGAGAGGAGGCAGAGGGAGCUUCUGGAGCAGCAGUACGCCCAGUACGACGCCGACGAUGACGAGCAGACAGGGGAGUACGCCACCGACGAGGAGGAGGCAGGGCAGACGGUGCCGGCCGGGGAGAAGAGCAUCGAGGUGUUUGACUUGCCGGAGACGGAGGACAUCUUGUCUCCCUCGGAGUUGGACGCCACCAAACUCUACCAGAAGUUCAGAGAGCUCCAGAUCAAACACACGGUGACCGAGGCCGAGAUCCAGAAGCUCAAAAACAAGCUUGCGUCGGUGGAGAGGGAGAAGCAGCGCUGGGAGAAGGAGAAGAGCCAGCUGAAGGCCAGCAUCGAGGAGAACAAAGAGAGGAUGCUGAAGCUGGAGAGCUACUGGAUCGAGGCGCAGACCCUCUGCCACACUGUCAACGAGCACCUGAAGGAGGCCCAGGCCCAGUACCAGGCCCUGGAGAAGAAGUACAACAAAGCCAAGAAACUCAUCAAGGACUUCCAGCAGAAAGAGGUGGAGUUUAUCCAGAAGGAGGAUGCGGAGAGGCGGAGGCUGGAGGAGGCUGAGAAAGCUCACCUGGCUGAGAUCCAGGGACUGCAAGUCAGGAUUGCAGCGUUGGAGUCCGAGCUAAUGCAGCUGAUGAAGCAAAACGGCAUCCAGGUCAACAACAACAACAGCAACAGCGCCGAGAGGCUCAGCGCCCAGCAACACAGCCCUGCCAGGGCCGCGGCACAAGCCAGAGACCUCAGGGAGGGCUCUCCACACUCACCCAGCAAAAAGAAAGGUUACAGAGGACUGGCCCGGGACAGCAUCAGCUCCACAGAGGGAGAGGUCUCAGAGGGACAUGGCAGUCCGGCCCACAGUCGCAGCGGCUCGGUGCGCAGCGCAGCCUCCUGUGACGGGGCAGCGGCGGCGGUCCUCCGGGCCCCGGGCAGCACCGAGGGCUCACCCAGGCGAACGCUGCACCCACCAGCCACCGCCGGGGCCCAACAGGACGGCUCUCAGUCUCCUGCCGUGUCCAGCCCCUCUCUCAGCCUGGAGGACAACACCUGCAGACAGACACUGGAUCCCGGUUCCUCCCUCAGGAAAAGCAAAAUGAAGGACAAAGACCCCAGAGCUUCACCUGGAAACAGCUCCACAGAGCCCUCAGUAGAGGACAGCCCAGAGAAACUCAAGGCCAAGGUACAUAAGGGUCCUAGUUUGAACGAUGAUCUAAGUGCCAGCAGCACCAGCUCAGUGGAAAUCAGCGGCCUGCUGACUGAAGCCAAGAUGUCCGGACGCUCACACACCCUGGUGCUCUCCUCAGACGAGAGUCUGGAUAUGAUAGAUGAUGAGAUCCUAGAUGAGGGUCAGUUCCCGAAGCAGCACCAGUGGCAGAACCGCAGUGUUACGGAGUGGAACUCCCAGCAAGUGGCCCGCUGGCUCAUGGGCCUCAACCUGGAACAGCAUAUCCCAGAAUUCACUGCCAAAAAUGUCGAUGGAGAGCAGCUGCUGCAGCUGGAUAGUGCUGAGCUCAAGGCCCUUGGUGUCACCUCUUCCCAGGACCGUGCCCUGAUCAAGAAGAAGAUCAAGGACCUUAAGGUUCUGAUGGAGAAGGCCAGGAGGAACCGUGAGAAAAUGGAGAAACAGCGUGAGAAGCUACGGAAGAGAGAGCUGGAACAGCAGCAGAAACAGGCCCGCAAAGAAGGCGCGGCAGAGUGAACCGAAUCCGUAGACCAUCUCCUCCCUAUUUACUGUAGCACCACGACCACACCAAGUAGCAUCUCGGGGAACAGAAAGUCAGUAGGGCCCACAAUGGAACCCUGGGGGACGCCUCCUCAAUAGUCCCAAAUCGCUCAGUGGUGGAGCUCGACGGCCAACUGUUGGAGAUUGUUGGGCAACCUUUUCACCAUGCAAAUUAAACCAAAAUGAGCAUACAGUUGGAUAAUUGGAUGCUGCCCCUUCAUUCACCUCAUUGUACACCCAUACUGUCUUUUUAACCCUUUACAAACCUGCUCAAUUCUAUUUAUUUUGCUGUUCAUUGCUGUAAAUUAGGUUUAUUUAUUCAUAUUCCAAGUAUGUUUGUGAAAAAUUCAUCUCAUCCUCAUCCCGAACAUAUCAUCUUCAGAGCCAUCUGUGUUACCCUUCUUUGUAGAUGUGUAUCAUAGCACCUUUAGACAUAAGGACCAUGUACAUAUACAGUGAUAAAUAUAGAUACAGAUAUGUCUAAUGUGCCAUUUUUGAUAGAGUUAUGUAUAUCCGCUUCAGAUACAUAGAUCAGUGGAAUCACCCUGUAGCUUUGAUGAAGCACAUACAGGUAAAGCCUGUGUGGUGGAAAUAUAUGGGGCAAUACUCAUGUCCCACCACAAGGUGUCCCCAUGCUGCUUACUUUCACUGCUGAAGAAUGCAAGACUGGAACUUUUCAAUAGGAAUUCAAGCAGGAACCAAGCAAGGCUCUCUCAGUACUUGCAAGAACAAACACUGGAAGGUCAGACACUUGAAGUUUAACUACAGCACUGGCUUGUCUAAUGUUCCUUACAGUAUACAUGUACCACACUAAAGCAAUUCUCAAAAUAUGAAUGAUAUCGAGGACAUACUGACUGGACUGACUUGGCUCUAAUGGAGACUCCGGGUACAAUGUAGUCGUGACUUUGUAACAUACCAAAAGAUACAACAACAAACAAAAAAAAAGAAAAAAAAAGAAAAAAAGAUGACAAAAUUAAACCUCCUGCUUAUAUGCAUAAUGUUGCUUUGACUCCGCCUGUAACCUGCUAUUGACCUCUUUUUAUAUUCUCUCAAUAACAAAGUAAUACCCGACCGCUGCCUUUAGAAAUUCUAGAGUAGACUUUUUCUGAACUCUACCCGCUUCUAUGUGUGUGUGUUAAAACACAUUGACUGAUCUUCUGAGUCAUCCAUUUCUAUUUUUUUUAAGAGAAAGAUCAAAGUUCACCCACACGAAAGGACCACAUAAUUCAUUUUUAUUUGAUUUAGCACUUCUUUCUUGAAUAGUGUGGUGAAAAUUAGGAUUGCUACUUUAUUUAUCUCUGUGAUCAGAAAGACACAAAAAUGCAAAAGUGGACAGGUGCACCAGAGAAGACACUGUCUUAAAUAGAAUUGUAAUUUAGACUAUUUGCCACUGGACUUUGACACUGCAUAUUAUAGCAGGAUAACAAUAAAAGAUGGAAUGAUGGAAAUCAUAGGAAUUGCACUAGAUACAUGCAAUAUAGUUUGAUUUAAUUUUGUCAUGAACUUGGUUCAGUAAGACUCAAGACAUUUUGAUUUUCAUGUUAGAAAAAAAACAUACCUUUGAAAUGAUUUUGACAUGUGUUCUUGGUUUAUGCAAUACUACUCUUAUGAUUAUGAAGCUCUCUAAAAUUCUUUUACCUGAAAAUCAUUCCAUACGUUUACACGAACUGGAGAGACAGCAGUGUUAUCAUGGCGGUGAAGAAGGCAGCUUUGGAUGUGAAUACCUUCUGUUUUAAAGGCACUGCCUGGUAAAAUCUUGAAGGGUUAAGAACAGGAACAGCGUGCAUUACAAAUGUGUAAAUUCUGAUGUGAUACCUCCAUGCAAUGCCACAAAGAUACAGGUAUCAUUAAAUCUGUGUGUAUGUUAUUAUUUAUUUAUUUCUGUAUUUAAUGAAGCAUCUGACUAUUGUUUAUGAUAACUUAUUAGAUUAUUAUUAACACCUAAUAAUGAUUUAUCCAGAAUUUUAUGAUUACUUCUUUUUGCCAAAAAAAAAAACAAUUAAAAAUGUUCAUUAAAAGUGAUUUUACAUUCAAAUGGUCGUCAUCAAAUAAAGUGAUUACCAGUGAGGAUUUAAAGUUUGUAUGUCAAGCAAGAACAAAACACCAACCUUUUCCCUCGUGCUUGUGGUUUUGCCUUCCUCUCAAGCUACUUAAGACCUGCUCAAGUGCUACUCCAAUUAUGUAACCUGAUCCUGAUGUAUUCCUAUGAAAUAUUUUGUAACUCAUGAACCUUUCUGUGAAUACCCCCCACCCUGUCAGUCAGCCGACAGACAGCACUCCUAUCACUUUUGUAUGUACAGUAAAACACUGAAAGCAAUAUGCUGUAUGAAUCCUACAGAAGCCUGGUUUUCUAUUGUCUCCAUGUGUGGUGUACAGUUUGUUGGAAGGCUGAGGGAGGUUAAGGUCAGGCCUGGCCCAAAAUGUGAUCUCAAAUCUUUGUGCUUGACUGAGCUUGCCCGGCACAAUGAAACCGACCUAUGUCUGAGACCCUGGUGCUCCUGGCAGGCGAAAACAAAUGUUUGAGUCAUGUCUGGAAGGGUUCAUUGGAUGUUUGGCUUGCCUGUGCAGAGGAAUGUGUAGAGAGCGAAAGAUAAUCACCACAAAUUGCUAGACAUGCUUUCACUAUUUUAAAAAGCUGCGCUUAUUUUCUUCCUCUUCCUUUUUUGUCAUUAUCUUGCUCUCUUUUUUUGCAUUCUGAAAAGUUGAAAGGGCAGCUACCUGUCACACUGAAUAAAAUGUGCAGUCACUGUC